AUGGCUGAGCUGGUGGCUGGAGCGUUUCUGUCCUCUUCCCUUCAGGUGGCGUGUGAGAGAUUGGCUUCUCGUGAACUUCUUGACUUCUUCCAUGGGAGAAAGCUCGAGGAUGGCUCGCUGACAAAGCUGCGUGUUGUCCUUCUGUCCGUGAAUCAGGUUAUUGAAGAUGCAGAGGAAACGCAGUAUCAAAAUCAUAACGUGAAGCAGUGGCUUGACGAGCUCAGGGACGAAGUGUUCAAGGCUGAAGACUUGAUCGAUGAGAUUGCUACUGAGGCAUUGCGACAGAAACUAGAUGUUGAAUCACAGACUGUGACCGGCAAGAACAUAGAGUCAAGGAUCGAGAAUGUGCUUGAGAAUCUAGAAUAUCUCAAGCAAAAUGAGAUACCUGGAUUGAGGCAAGACCCUCCUGCUGGCACUCCGCAAGGAGUGAACAGGAAAGGGCCCCACAGAUUGCCAACAACAUCUUUAAUAGAUGAAUCCAAUGUGUACGGGAGAGAUGUUGAUCGAGAGAAAAUAAUAGAGAUUUUAUUGUCACAUAACAUGAAUGAGAAUAAUCAGCGGCAGCGGCAUGUGGACGUGAUAGCUAUUGUGGGUAUGGGUGGGUUAGGUAAAACAACCCUUGCGCGACUGGUCUUUGAUGACAAAAACAUGAAGGAUCAGUUUGAGAAAAGAGCUUGGAUUUGUAUUUCUGAAAGUUUUGAUCACAUUCAAGCUACCAAAGCAAUUCUCAAAGAACUUGAUUGUCCUCCAAUUGACCUAUCAGAUAAUUUUGAUGAUAUUCAACAGAAAUUAAAAGAGAAAUUGAUGGGUAAGAAAUUUUUUCUCGUUCUUGAUGAUGUCUGGAACGAGAAUCAUCAAAUUUGGGAGGUCUUCCGAGCUCCCUUCAACCAUGUUGCUUUGGGGAGUAAAAUUAUUGUAACAACACGUAGUAAAAGGGUAGCAGAGGUCAUGCACUCUACCCAUGUAUAUGAUUUGAAGCCAUUACAACAUGAUGAUUGUUGGAAUUUAUUUGCAAAGUACGCAUUUAAUGAUCAGCAUCAUGUUGCUGAUCAAAAUCUUGUAGAAAUUGGUGAAGACAUCGUCAAGAAGUGUGGAGGAUUGCCUCUGGCAAUAAAAUCAAUGGGAUGCCUUUUGUACACAAAAUCUCCUCAAGAUUGGGAGAAGAUUUUGAAGAGUAAUUUUUGGGAUUUGUCAGAGGAUGAUAGCAAUAUAAUCCCAUCUUUAAGAUUGAGCUACCAUUAUCUACCUUCAAAUCAUAAGCGUUGUUUUGCUUAUUGUUCUAUCUUUCCUAAAGAUUAUAACAUUGACAAGAAUGUCCUUAUCCAAUUAUGGAUGGCAGAGGGCUUGUUGCAUUCUAGUAAUGAAACAAGAGAAUGA